AUGAAACCGAUUAAGAGAAAAAAUACUGUUCCUAUUCCGAAAGACAUCUUUUUAGAAAUAUUCGUAAAACUUCCACCGAAACCAUUAUUGAGAUUCAAGUGUGUAUCAAAGCAUUGGUGUUCGAUUAUUGAAGAUUCUGAACUUGUUGAUGCUUUUCGCAAUCGCCCCUGUAAUCGUGGCACCAACCUUCUCGUUAGGAGGAAGUGUACACAGGAAGAGGAAACUAUUGAAGGCCGAAGGAAGUUCAAUGAUUUUUUUCUACUAGAUUCAGAAGGUAAAUUUGCUCACCUUGAAGUCCCCAUUAUUCUCCAAGAAAAAUUCUUUUCCAACGACGAUGGCGAAUGGCAACACGUUGAAGGCUUAGUACAUCGUAAAAACAUUAUUUGGAACCCUACAACCAGAAAAGUUGUUCACCUUCCUCCUCGUAAUCCCUUUUGGGACGUAAGCAAGGUGAUUGAGAAUAUGGGAAUCGUUGCAGGAUGUGACAAUUGGAGUGUCUCCAGUAAAUACUUUUUGGGGUUCGAUGUUUCGAUCAAGAAACACAAGGUCUUAUGCAUUUGUCGGAUGGAUUUCCGUAUGAAUACCAUAUCGGAUGACUACAUUGAAAAUUCCGAUAUUCAUAAAAGCCAAGUAUCUAUAGAAGUAUUGACUUUGGGAGCCAAUUGUUGGAAGAAAACGACAAGCGAUUAUCCUCUUCCAAAAGAACUUUUCGAGGACUUCCAUGUCAAGACAUACUGUAGCAUCAACGGCGUAAUAUAUAUGAUCAUUUGUCCCCCUUGCAAAAGAUUUCAACUUCCACGGCGGCGUUCAGAUCAGAAUGACACCAUACUGGCCUACGAUAUAACUCAUGAGAAGUUUCAACUAUUGCCUCUUCCCCGCGGGAUUGGUGGUAUGGUACAUUUUGUAGGCGACCUGAGGGGACGCUUGACUCUGAUGCAACAAAAACACAAGCAGAUUUGGAUACUAGAAGAAGAUUACGGAGGUCCAAGGUGGACUGUUGUGGAUUUAUUGUUGCCGGAACUUUGGUACACAAGGGAAAUUUCAUUGCGAGAAAAGAUAGUCAAGCCCAUCGGUUUAAACCCGAGUGGAGAGAUUUUCUUUGAAGUUAAGGAAUUUUCUCUUAAUAUCAAGGAAUCCUCGCUGUCAACUAUUUAUGUGUAUAAUAUGGAGAGCAAAGAUACAAGGAAAGUCCGGUUUCUGACAAGGAUGAAGAAUUUCUUCGGCAGCAUCUUCCCCAAUCUUGUGGCAACUAUACAACCACUUAAGUAG